AAAUCGGACUGAACAUGAAGCUACACGCUGCAAUUGUUUUGUUGCUCAUUGGCAACGCGGUUAGUUCGCCUUUCAAUCUGCUCCAGCCUUUCGAGAAAGCUAUAGGAAAGGCAAUAGGCGCUAUCGCGAAUGUGACGCAUACUCAACCGGACAUUUACAUAGAAGACGAGCACGGCGAAAUAGUGAAAAUAGAUUUGAGCUUAAUUGGCUCUGGAAGAUCUCUAGUCGUAGAAGACUUACAGGACCUCGUCAAUUUUUAUCUAUAUACAAACGAAACAGGCACCGAUGCUGAAAGAUUGUAUAUUAACGAUACCGAGGCUUUCAAUAGCAGCCAUUUUGAUCUGAGCAGACCAACCAAAGUCGCCACUCAUGGAUGGAGAAGUUCUUACAAUGCAAGUGCAUGCACUUUGGUUCGGGAUGCUUACCUUAAACAUGGCAAUUACAACAUCAUCGUAAUCGACUGGAGUCAGUUGGCCUACUACGAUUACGUAUUUUUAAGCCAAGAGCUUCCAAAAAUUGCCCAGCACAUCUCUACAUUUCUCAAUUUUCUCUAUUCGCAAGGUGUGGAUGCAGAUAAUGUGACUGUAGUGGGUCAUUCAUUAGGUGCUCAUAUAGCGGGUCUUUCAUCUUACUAUGCCACGGAACGAGCGGGGUACAUUGUCGGCUUGGAUCCUGCGGGUCCCCUCUUCACCUUGAAAGAUGAACGCGGGAGGAUCUCCGAACUGGAUGGAGAAUAUGUAUUAAUAAUCCACACAACCUGUACCAUCGGCUUGUGUAAUGAAUUGGGUCAUGCUGACUUUUACCCUAACGGUGCCAUACUUCAAGCUGGCUGCACAAAUGGUGAGGUGUGUGGCCAUGGACGAGCUUACGAAUACUUUGCUGAAUCCAUAUUGUACAACGAUUUUCCGGCUCGAAAGUGCGAUAACUACGUUGAAUUCGAACUUGGGUUAUGCAAUUCCAAUGAUAUCGCUUACAUGGGUGGCGCCGAACUGAAUUCGAACGUUACAGGAAAAUAUUUCUUGAACACAAAUUCGAAAUCACUUUACGGAAAGGGCAGCAUAUAGAAAUCUUUA